UAGGCUGAGGCAGAGGACGCUCUCUGGCCCUCCCCACCGCCAGGAAUAUAAAGUGGAGAGGGUUGGCUUGGUGUGCAUUCAUUGAGCUCCGCACCCAGGAAAGCAGCAGAGCCCUCUCACACUUCUCAGAACUUUUCAGCAGCCGUAGGGCGAGAGGAGGGGACGACGGUCCGGGCUUUUCCUCGACGGCAUCCUCUCCACCUCCUGCCGUCCCCACCAAGGGUUCCUCGGGCUGCUUCUCGACGUGGAGGAAAGCGGGCGGCUGCGGCGAUGAAAUUCCUGGCGGUUUUGACCGUGCUGUUCCUAGUCUCGGCUCAAGCCUUUGCGGAAGAGCUGGGAGACAACGAGGAGCUGAAUUACUGGUCGGACUGGUCCGAUGGCGACCAAAACAAGGAGGAGUUGCCUUUACCCUUUGAGAACUUCCUCCAGAGAAUUGCCAGGCGACCCAGACCUCAGCAAUUCUACGGCUUAAUGGGCAAACGAGAUUCUGGAUACAGCCCUCUCUCCCAUAAAAGACAUAAAACAGAUUCAUUUGUUGGACUCAUGGGCAAAAGAUCUUUAGAUUCUGGAUCUUCUGAAUGGAAUGCAGCACAGAUGUACGAAAGGAGACGUAAAUGAAACUUCCCUGUCCGUUAUAUGUUGAGAUUUGUUUGUUUAAAUGGCCAAGUUAGUGUAAUAUAGAAGAACCAUUGUAAGGAAUUAUUUAUUUAAGACUGGUCUUUCUUUCUUUUUUUAAACAUUGUAAAUU